GUCCUUCCGCUGCCUCAGGGUGAAGUGGGGAUACUGCCAAAGGGGCAGCAACGGAGCUGCCCUUCCCACUCUGCCCCCCUUCCCAGGGGAUAGACAGGGCCCAAGCGACCAAGCAAGUGCUUGGCCAGCAAUGGAGAGCACUUGAAGGCAGGAAAUUGGCUGUGGCAGCACCGCGAGCCUGGCUGCACCGCAGCGGGGCAGCACCAGGGCGCAGCACAGUGUCUGGGGUGCUGGGAACCAUCCCUGGGGAGAUGCGGGCAGGGAAGCAGCCCCACAGUGGGGGCAUCACCCCCGUGUCCCUGUGUGAGGGCAGUGGGAUGCUGAGGGACAGCAGCGAGAUGCGCUGCUGGAGGAGCUGGAGCAAAGCUCUCGCGAGGCCCAUGGGCGGCAGGCACCGGCACGCCUGGAGGUGCAGUCGCCUCGGGCUCAGCCUCCUGCCGAGGCUGUGGACACAGUGUACAGGUAAAACAGGCCUUGGAAAGGCAAAGCCUCUGCAGUUUCCCUUUCCAUCACUUGGAUGCCUCCCACAGGGGCACCCGCGUGUGCCCCCAAAACAAUUCCUUCCACGAACUGGGGCGGGGGAUGCAUCCCGCACACCUGCAGCACUGCUGGGGCAAGGGCUGGGCUUCCAGCAGCCUCCUCCUCCCUGCCGCAUGUCCCCAGAGAGAUCCCCUGUGCACGGUUCUCAGCCCCUGCCGCCUCCAUCUGUGGGGUGGAAGCUGCAGCACCACUCACUCUGUGCCCAGCAGCCCUGUUCCAGUCCCGCAGCCGCUGUUCCCACCCACGGCAGCCGCUCAGCAGCUGGACAAGCUCCUGGCUGACCUGGGCCACAUGCAGAGCAAGCAGUUUGCAGCAGAGGGGCAGGGAGCCCAGGAGCCAGAGGAGACCAAGCCCAAGCCCUCUCUGGACAGCAUGCUGGGCAGCCUCACCCAGGACCUGCAGGAGCUGGGCAUCACGGCCACCCCCACCAGUGUCUGCACCACCUGUCACAAGCCCAUCGCUGGCAAGGUGCUGACAGCGCUGGGCAGGACCUGGCACCCCGAGCACUUCACUUGCAUCCGCUGCGGACAGGAACUCAGUUCCCGGCCCUUCUUCGAGCGGGAUGGGCAGCCCUAUUGCGAGGAUGACUAUCACCAGGCCUUCGCACCCUGCUGCGCCUACUGUGCUGGCCCCAUCCGCGAGAAGGUCCUCACGGCGCUGGACCAGACCUGGCACCCCGAGCACUUCUUCUGCACCAACUGCGGGAAGGUGUUUGGCGAUGACGGUACAUCCCAGGGGACAGGCUGGGGGAUUCUGCCCCGCUCUGGGUUUCCAGGUGCGGGAUGGGAGGCCAUACUGCCACCAGGACUUCCUGGCCCUGUUUGCCCCCAAGUGCCAGGGUUGCGAGCGCCCAGUGACAGGCAGUUACCUGUCAGCCCUGAGCGGGGUCUGGCACCCCACGUGCUUCGUGUGCACGGACUGCCUGAGCGGCUUCAGCAGCGGCUCCUUCUUCGAGCUGGAGGGUCGGCCCUACUGCAAGCAGCACUUCCACCAGCGCCAGGGCAGCAUCUGCCACGGCUGCGGCCGCCCUGUCACUGGCCGCUGCAUCACAGCUGUGGGGCACAAGUACCACCCCGAGCACUUCACCUGCACCUAUUGCCUGUGCCCGCUGCACAAGGGCACCGUCCGCGAGCGCGGCAGGAAGAUGUACUGCCAGGCCUGCCACAAGCAGCUCUUCCUCUGAGCCCCAGCGCACAGCCGCUCCUCCUGGACGUCCCUCGCAUGGUCCCUGCUGCCACAAAUGUGAUUUGCUUGUUCCAGCCAUCAGCCCCCUGCUUGGGUCCUGCUGAGCCAAAGUCCCUGGCCUCAUCUUUGCCAAGCCAGACAUCCCAAGCAUCAUUUCUUGUCAUCCCCCCCUCCAAGACAUUCCUGACAUUGUCCCUGCCCAGCCAGACGUCGUAGGCUCUGCCCCCUUGACCUGAAACAAUAAAACACUUGGCUUUGCCUUU